AUGCCUGCUAUGAAGUGGCUACUGCUCGUUUUCUCAGUGACCCUGUUGGGUUUGAGCUCAGCUCAAUUUACUGAUGAGGAGGAUGAACAAAAUAUAGAAGAAUCAGUAGACAUACUAGCACCAUCCGACUUUGAAGCAGAUGAUCAGGACUAUGGUGAGAAACAAGGCAACUACCUCUUUGGCAAGCAUCAAGGUGGUUACCAAAAACAUGGGCCUCCAGGUUCCCCUGGGGAUGAUGUAUCAGGAGGUUUAGCACCAGGUGGUCGACCAGGUCAUCGCCAAGGAGGUCGUCGAGGUGGCCCACAAGGAGGUCGUCAAGGUGGCGGUCAAGGGGGCUGUCCAGGUGGCCAUCAAGGGGGCCAUCGAGGUGGUCGUCGAGGAGGUCGUCGAGGGGGCCGUCAAGGUGGUCGUCAAGGAGGUCAUCGAGGUGGCCAGUAA